AUGGUUGAUAUGAGCCUCACUCAGGUUAAUUCAAGCCUGCAUCAAUCCGACAGUCAUGCGUACUAUUCACCUUCCACUCUAACUCUUCCCAGAAAUCAAAUGGAGCCACCAAACGCCAUAUCAACGCUUCCCAGCAAAGAACACCCCAUCCCACAACCUCCAGGAACAACUUACGGCUGCAUACCCUCUCGCCACCAACAAGAAUCCGCAGCCGCUCGACGUGCCAGAGAAUCACUCAAAAUAAACAACCAAAUCUUCAAAGGGUACAUCAACACCGAACUCAUACGAUGUUGUGCUCUCCUCGCGACUUCCGAGUACGAACGAGCGCUAGGUCACGUGGAGAAUGCUUCGUUUCUUGCAGAGGAACAGAAUUUUUUCUAUGAGAUUAGUAAAUGUUAUUUGUAUCGGGGAUUGUGUUUUAUGGGAAUGAAGCGGUGGAAGGAGGCGAGGGUUGUGUUGGUAAGGGGGGUUAAUGUUAGGGGAUGGGGUGGGAAGGUGGAGGGGUUGAUGAGGGAGGCUCAGAUCAGGAUUGAUGAGGAGAGGAGGGGGAGGAAAGUGGGUGCUUGA